UUUUUUUUGUAUACAUGAAGUAUUCCCUGUGACCUGAGGGCAAUUUGUGGUUUUUAGCUGUUUUUUAAUUGGCCAGCAGCACAUUUUAAAAAUAUAAUUUUAACAAGAAAACUACAACAACAAAAAAUGCCAAGGGAUUAUGUUCCCUUGGCAUAGGGAACAUAAUCAAAGUUCAGGGAACCAUGACAACGCAUGGACAAUGAUAUCAACAUCUACUUAAACAGGGGUCACCCUAAAAUACAAUAAUAAAAAAAACAGACUUUUCUUCAGUAAAUUCAGUUUUAUUGUUCUUCAGCACACUCUUCCCCACCUCAAACAAUAAUUAUCUUCUGGAGUUGUGGACUUGUGUGCAUUUGAAGAGAAUGACUGACAGAAUAUUGCACUCCAAACAAGAAAUGACAUGAGUAAAAGCAAACACACCCGCCAUUUUCUUCUUCUCAGCUUUAGACAGACCGGCUUCCGUAAACCACAGUCGUCCCUCGUUUGUCGCGGUUCAUUCAUAUUAACAAAACGUUUGUACUUUGAGAAUAGAAACCCUGUUUAUUACUUCAAUACUUUUUUAAAACAAUUAUUAGCGCCACAUAGACAGGAAAUAACACCCCUGUUAUUCUUUUAUAACAACUACGGGAUCACUGCAGGGACAUAACAGACGGCCACCGCUAGCAUAGUAAGCUAACUAGUUAGCAUUGGAUAUUUACUUAUUUACUAACGUUAAGGUUUUUCAAACGGAGUAGAGGAGAAUAGCAUAACAACAUAGAUAUAUGUUUUAAACUUAUCGUUUUGGACAUGCCAUAGUUCUCCAUUGUAGGGACAUAAGAGGCGGUCGCCGCUAGCACAACAAGCUAACGAGCUAACUAGUUAGCUUCGCCAAUUUACUUAUUCUAAAGUUACGAAAGUCGGGAAGAAAAUAAGAAGGAAGUAAGUAAGAAACUAAAAGCUUCCCACUUCCAUACAAAGUAGGAAUAUAUUUUCCCCCCACUUUUAUCAUUUUGGACAUGCAUAAGAGGCGGUCGCCGCUAGCAUAACGAGCUAACUAGUUAGCUUCGCUAAUUUAAUUAUUCUAAAGUUACGAAAGUCGGGAAGAAAGCAAAGUAAGAAACUAUAAGCUUCCCACUCCCAUACAAAUUAGGAAUAUAUUUUCCCCCACUCUUAUCAUUUUGGACAUGUAUUGGUUGACUCCAUUGUAGGGACAUAAGAGGCGGUCGCCGCUAGCAUAACAAGCGAACGAGCUAACUAGUUAGCCUCGCCAAUUUACUUAUUCUAAUCUUACGAAAGUCGGGAAGAAGGCAAAGUAAGAAACGAAAAGCUUCCAACUUCCAUACAAAUUAGGAAUAUAUUUCCCCCCAAUCUUAUUAUUUUGGACAUGUUAUGGUUGACUCUAUUGUAGGGACAUAAGAGGCGGACGCCGCUAGCAUACCAUGCUAACGAGCUAACUAGUUAGCUUCGCCAAUUUACUUAUUGUAAAGUUACGAAAAUCGGGAAGAAGGCAAAGUAAGAAACUAAAAGCUUCCCACUUCCAUACAAGGUAGGAAUAUAUUUGUCACCCACUAUUCAUGUUGGACAUGCUAUGGUUGACUCCAUUGUAGGGACAUAAGAGGCGGACGCAGCUAGCAUACCAUGCUAACGAGCUAACUAGUUAGCUUCGCCAAUUUACUUAUUGUAAAGUUACGAAAAUCUGGAAGAAGGCAAAGUAAGAAACGAGAAGCUUCCCACUUCCAUACAAAGUAUGAUUAUAUAUAUUUUCCCCAAUCUUAUAAUUUUGGACAUGUAUUGGUUGACUCCAUUGUAUGGGCAUAAGAGGCGGACGCCGCUAGCAUACCAUGCUAGCGAGCUAACGAGUUAGCUUCGCCAAUUUACUUAUUCUAAAGUUACGAAAGUCGGGAAGAAGGUAAAGUAACAAACUAAAAGCUUCCCACUUCCAUACAAGGUAGGAAUAUAUUUUCCCCCCACUCUUAUCAUUUUGGACAUGUCAUGGUUGACUCCAUUGUAGGGACAUAAGAGGCGGAUGUAGCUAGCAUACCAUGCUAACGAGCUAACUAGUUAGCUUCGCCAAUUUACUUAUUCUAAAGUUACGAAAGUCGGGAAGAAGGUAAAGUAACAAACUAAAAGCUUCCCACUUCCAUACAAGGUAGGAAUAUAUUUUCCCCCCACUCUUAUCAUUUUGGACAUGUCAUGGUUGACUCCAUUGUAGGGACACAAGAGGCGGUCGCCGCUAGCAUAACAAGCUAACGAGCUAACUAGUUAGCUUCGCCAAUUUACUUAUUCUAAAGAUAUGAAAGUAGGGAAGAAGGCAAAGUAAGGAACUAAAAGCUUCCCACUUCCAUACAAGGUAGGAAUAUAUUUUCCCCCCACUCUUAUCAUUUUGGACAUGUUAUGGUUGUUUCUAUUGUAGGGACAUAAGAGGCGGACGCAGCUAGCAUACCAUGCUAACGAGCUAACUAGUUAGCUUCGCCAAUUUACUUAUUGUAAAGUUACGAAAGUCGGGAAGAAGGCAAAUUAAGAAACUAAAAGCUUCCCACUUCCAUACAAGGUAGGAAUAUAUUUUCCCCCACUCUUAUCAUUUUGGACAUGUCAUGGUUGACUCCAUUGUAGGGACAUAAGAGGCGGACGCCGCUAGCAUAACGAGCUAACUAGUUAGCUUCGCCAAUUUACUUAUUCUAAAGUUACGAAAGUCGGGAAGAAAGUAAAGUAAGAAACUAAAAGCUUCCCACUUCCAUACAAGGUAGGAAUAUAUUUUCCCCCACUCUUAUCAUUUUGGACAUGUUAUGGUUGACUCCAUUGUAGGGACAUAAGAGGCGGACGCAGCUAGCAUACCAUGCUAACGAGCUAACUAGUUAGCCUCGCCAAUUUACUUAUUGUAAAGUUACAACAAUCGGGAAGAAGGCAAAGUAAGAAACGAAAAGCUUCCCACUUCCAUACAAAGUAGGAUUAUAUAUAUUUCCCUACUCUUAAAAUUUUGGACAUGUAUUGGUUCACUCAAUUGCAGGGACAUAAGAGGCGGUUGCCGCUAGCAUAACAAGCUAACUAGUUAGCCUCGCCAAAGUACAUAUUCUAAAAUGAUGAAAGUAGGGAAGAAGGCAAAGUAAGAAACUAAAAGCUUCCCGACUAAUAAUAAGCUACAGUCAACAGCAAUAAUUAACUUUGGGGAAACAGCAUAUAGUAACGGAGCGACGUUAAAACCGCGAUAUAUCGAGGGAUGACUUUGUACACGUUCCUGUCCUGUCUCAAUUAUUACCAAAGGUGCACAUGCAAGUUCAAGCGUUUCUUAAUAUAAAUUAUCAAAUGAUAACACAAUACAGUCCAGUUGAUGAAGUCUGAUGUCUUUAAAUACUUUUAUGAGCAGCUUGUAUCGUGUAUGAAUCGUGCGGCGUGGAAAAAGCAUCAGUCCUUUCAAAGUCGAUUAGCGUGAUAACAUUUAUCAUCCAAAGAAAGAAGCUUAUCAUUUCACAUAUGCACACCUGAUUUAUUUGCUUUGAGAUGUGAGCUAUAAAUACGUAUGGUAACCAAGGCAACCAGGAGAUGGGGGGUGAGUCCUCCACGGAGAACGUAAAGGUCGUCUGCAUCGUCACAUUCAAAUCAAUUCAAACUGCUGCCUUUCAAGUCUUGCAUGCACCGCUAUAAUAGCAUGAUAAUAUAAUUUUAUAAUAACGUCUUGGUCCCUUCCUUUGUUGGAUGAUGCACUUUGUACCCGGUUGCUGUUGACGACGUCAUUGUGGGGAAACAGGUAAAUACAAAUAGAACAACAAAGUUUGCUUCAUUAUCAGUUUCAUGUUUCAUAUUUACUUGCUCGUGAGCAGGAAACGUCUCCGUGCGGAGUUUGGGGUCUCCCAUGUGCUUGCGUGGGGGUUUUCAUACCGGAGUCCUGGUCCCGAAAUGGAGCCGAAGAAAGUUGCAAGCGGCAGAAGUUUGAUAAAGUUGCGUCUCACCUCUUCUGAUGGGUCAACCAACACCACUGUCUGAAGAAGAUGCUCUGAUAUUGGCGAAUACGCUGGCCUAAGGCUGGCUGCCGCUGAAGGAAAUUUCCAUGGUAACAGUACCGCCAGUGGACGCUCCAUCUCCAUGACAACCACAUCCGGGGAAAGCGCGGUGAGCAGAUGCGGGAUGACCUAGAAGUGUGGGCGUCGCCUUGGUGGAAGAGGCGAGGAGACGCACAGCCAUGGAGGACGGCUUUCCGUCGCCUGCAAAGAGACUACGCUUUCAUUUCUAAGUCGGUCUCUUUCUUCGCGGCCCGACCUCAUGGAGCCAGGCGGAAGUGACCUGGACUCCAGCCUGCCUCAGCCGGAGAACCCGUGUCUGAUUGUGGAGGAUUCUCAACCCGACAGCGUCGCUCUGGAAGACGACCCGGAGAGCAGCUACAGAGCUGUGCUGGCCCGACGUCUGUCCAGCUUGCAGCCCAGCGCCUGUAGCCCCGUCCUGGAAUUGAUAUCCUCUCCGCUGGGGAUUCGAAGCUCUCAGACGGAUAGCCAAGCAGAGAGCAGCCCUACUAACAUCCAGGCUGGGCCUGGUGAUCUCGCUCAGAACAACCAUCGCUCAGAAUACCAAGAAGAGAGUCAGGUUCUCGGCAUCUGCCCUCCUCCAAACAAGCAAAAGUGUAACGUACUCAUGGAUUCUGAUUCCGAUCGUUCCGCCGCACAGUGCGAUCAGUCUGAAGAGGGAAACACACACUUUGGUUUUCUAGCACUAUCCCAAAGUCAGGAUCUCAUUGCUGAAGAAGUGAGCAGCCAUGUUGGAGAAGACCAUAACAAGCCUCCAGCGGUCAGUUUGACUACUUCCCACGAGAAUGUCCGCACCGGGACAUCGGAGAAUCCUGAUCACAAAGCAGCCAGGUCUGAGGUUGGCUCCAGCAGCAACAUGGCGGCUCUGCUACACUCCCAGUGCCUCCAGGAUCCCGGUGAGGACCAGGAGAUAAUGUCCUCACAGCGGGACAUGUUUGACGCUGACAAGACUGAUGUCGCCGCGGACAGCACCGUUUCCGAGCCGGAGCAGGAGGGUCAGCCCACCUCGACGCCCGCCCACAGCUUGCGGCUGUUGCAUACGUCGCAAGCGCAGGGGAGCUUGUCCCAAAGCUCUGUCGAUUAUGUCGCCCCAACCCCAGACAACUUCCCCCACAUCCCGUUAAUUGUCCCCAACUCACCAACCGGAGCAGGAAGCCAACGGGGCGCCGACCGGCCGAUGGAUGCUUGGCAGCAUCCGGAGGAGCGAGAAACGGACGCCCCCGCCAAACCUCAGCCGCCCACCUCAACUCCUGUAUCCCAGAAUUCUCCUGGUUUUGUGUUGGAGCGACCUCUCUCUUUACCCUCUCAGCCAGAGUUCUCACACGACGUUUUUGUCCCAACGCUGAGCCAGGAGGCUCCACAACAGUCGGACAAGAAGACGGCGUCUUCUCAACUGGAACCAUCUCCCUUCACCGUACCUUUGCAGCUCUGCACGGACACGGAAAGCAGCAACUCGGCCCCCAAGAUGUCGUCGGAGGAGACCAUCGAGGAGACCAUAGAUGACAGCCAGGCGACACAGAUCGAAGAACCGGACGAGGCGCCUGACGUGGACGCCGCUGACUCUGCGCUCGUACAGAAGAGCGAGUGCAACGGCGUCCCCUCUGAAUCGCCACCAGUUGCCACCAGUUCCAAAGCUUCUAGUCAGCCGACGCCGCCUUUGAAUGUACAUGACGGGACCGCAAAAGGAAGCGAGGCGGUGGUGUCGGUUAUCUCCCAAGGGUCUGUUGUCGAAGGAACCGUAAAGACUCCAUCACCCUCGCAGAAAUGUGGACUGGGUAACGACGGCCGCGCGGUUGAGGAUGACGAGGUGCCGAUGGAGGAGGAAAGCGCAGCGGGAGGCGUGGCUUUAGUCCUCUCCCAAAGCCAGCUGACAUCCCCUGACCACGAGGAGAGUAAACAUGGCGACGAGAGCGUCGUGGUGGUUGGAGAGAGUGAGAGAGACUCGCAGGGCGAAACGACGCCACAGCUUUUAAAAGUCACGAGUUCCCAGUCGGGAAAAGUGUCGACAUCCACGAACGGCCACGAGGCUGGGGCGCCGGAAGAACUCCGAGACAAGACCCUUAGUGAUACUUCGGGAGACAUUUCCUUCCACUUCACACUUCCUAAAGAAGGGGAGUUGAUCGUUCCUGCUGUUGGAGCCACGCCGCCGCUCAUCAACCAACUCAAGGCGACGCCCAGACACAGCACUCCCAUUGAGGCCUUUUGCGGGAAGUCGGAUGUUCCCGGUGACGUCAGCGCUGAUGCGGCGAUGGCGGACGUCGACGCCGCAGACAAGGCGGACAGUAACCUGAGUCUCAGGAUGAAGUUGGUGACCCCGGUCGAGGAGGGAAGCUCGGAACGUUUCAGCUUGCAGAAACCAGCGCUAUCGGAAGACGAGGAAUCUGUUGCCAAGGCGACCGCAGUUACCAAGGCUGUAACCAGUCCCUCCGUGUUCAGUCGUGUCAGGCAGGUGCACCGGCAGCAGGAAGCCGAGGAUGACGGACACCUGCCUGAAGGCAACAUCACACCUGUGAGGGGGGGAGCGUUUGCCUCGCCACGGAGAACCUCCGAGACGCCGUUACGAGGACGUAACAGCCUCCCCGACAGCCAGUCAGACGCUUCACAACAGGAAGUGCUGGCAGAGCCACUGGACGUCGCACCGGAAGCGCAAGACCAGGAGCUGUCCGACCCGAACCAGAGGGGCGCCUCGAAACAGUCCUUGGACAACACCACCACCCCUGCCAGCAAGAACCCCCCCUUGAAAAGGAGUGCUGGCCCCUCCCAUCGUAGGCACGUACGCACCAUCCAGGAAGUACGAACCACCAUCACGCGGAUCGUUACGGAUGUCUACUAUGAGGACGGCAAAGAGGUGGACCGCAAAGUCACUGAGGAGAGCGAGGACCCGGUGGUGGACUGUCAGGUGAUGGACAGCGACGUUUCCCAAUGCCACACCGGCAGCAGCUCCCUGGCCUCGGGAGACCUCGGCGACGUCAGCUCCCUGUCAUCCAAGGCCUCCAGCCGCGGGCACAGUUCCGGGGGGGGCGGCAGCACCACGGGCCUCUCUCGGCCAGAGUUCAUCAUGCCCCUUAGCCGCGGUGCCAAAUCUAUCAGUCCCAGAAGGGGAGGUGGGCAGAAACAGAGGGGUCAUAGGGGUCAAGGGGCAGGGUCGCCGGUCACAAAGGACAGAGGUCAUGCCACCCUUGCGUCCGGGGCUGUAGCUUCGCUCACCCCCAGAGGACGGGCUAGACGUGGCCGACCCCGGUCCAGGGGCGGAGACGCUAGCUCCCUGCCACGGCUCGGCGCUCACCUGUCCUCCUCGGAUGACGAGCCUUACUCCCGCGUGCACCCCCCACCGCGCCUCCCCGCCGACGUCCCCUGCCACGCCCACUCCCUCCGCUCGUCGCCAGGGGAGGCCAACUUGGCUGGAAGUAGCUUUGUGGGACUGCGAGUGGUAGCCAAGUGGUCCUCCAAUGGGUACUUCUACUCGGGACGCAUUAUGAAAGAUCCCGGGGGGGGCAGAUUCCGCCUCCGCUUUGACGACGGGUAUGAGUGCGAGGUGGCGGGGAAGGACAUCCUCCUGUGUGACCCCAUUCCCCUGGAGACCGAGGUCACCGCUUUGCUGGAAGACCAGUUCUUCAGUGUUGGUGUGGUAAAGGGUUAUAAAACAGAAGGCCAGGAUCUCUUCUACAGUGUGGAGAAGGAGGGCCACAAGCUGUGGUACAACAGGACGUCCGUCAUCCUCUCCCUGGAGCAGGGAAACAAACUGCGGGAGCAGCACAGCCUCGGCCCCUACGAGCCCUCCACCCCCCUGGCCAAAGCCUCCGACAUCAGCUUGGAUAAUUUGGUGGAGGGAAAAAGGCGCCGUCGGGGAACUCCUGGUCCAGACACGCCGACCCACACUUCCUCCAGCAGCCCCCGUACCCCCGGACCCUCCAGUAAAAGAAGACUCAAGAUCCUGGAUCACGAGAGCCCGCCAGCCAAACGGGGUCGCAAGGGUCCCGCAGGCAGACCCGGUCAGAGGGCGGGCGUCUGCAACACCAGCGGCAGCGGCACGGAUCUCCCCGCUCAGCCGCGGGACCUCACAGAGAGUCACGGCCCCACGCCCCACAACACGUCCCUCUUCAUGGGCUUCGCCUUCAUGCUGACCGCCUCGUCCGAGAGCGACCGGCUCACCAAUAAGCUCACGAGUGACGACGACGAGGAGGAAGAGGAAGAAUAUGUGCAGACGGGUCCUUACAACAAAGCCUACACGGAGUCUCAACUGCAGGCGGGGGGAGGAUUUGUCCUGCCUGAUUUCAACGAAGAACAGUGCAAGGCCGCCUACCAGAGUUUGCUGAUUGCAGACCAGCAUUGCCGUACCAGGAAGUACGUCCUGUGCCUGGCCAGCGGUGUCCCGUGUGUGUCCCACAUUUGGGUGAGAGAUUGCUGCAAAGACAACAAGCUGCUCAACUACAGGAACUACUUACUGCCUGCUGGCGUGGGUCCAGACGACGCCAUCGUGGAAUGGCAUCCCCGCUGUAGUCCUUUUAAGGACCUGCGGGUUCUUGUGGCGUUUGAGAAGCCAGUGGAGCUGUGGUCCCAGCUGGCCACCAUGGGGGGAGCGUCCUCCGUCCGACACGUCCACACGGACAAAGACGGCACAGACGUUCCUGCCGGCAAGUACGAUGUGGUGGUGACAGACCGCACCUGCCCUCCGUCGUUGGAGACAAAGAUGACGUCGCUGGAAAUCCCGCUGGUGUCUCCCGAGUGGCUCAUCCAGAGCGUCAUCUGUGGGGAGCGCCUGGACUUCCACCGCCGGCCUCAGUAUCGCCACAACUACUCUUCGCUGUCGUCGCCGUCAUCGUCGUCGUCAUAGUAACGUACCUGUGCAAACUCCCGACACGCUUCAAGAGAUUGGUUCUGUUGCAUGCCGUUACUUUAUAUUCCAUCUGUUUUUAUGAAUACAUUUUCAGCCUUCUUUCAGUUGUGGAUUGUUUUAUUUAUCAGACACAAAUUAAUACACGCUUUUAAUAUUUACAAUUUUGUGCAAAAGGGACAAAUAUCGAAGGAAGUUGACGGCGUCGUCCUUUUGUCGUCUUCUUAAACACUAAAAUGUAAGAAAAUGAUGCUUUAAAUCAACUAUACAAAUGAGUGGUGGAAAAAAACUCCCUUUCUGUGUGGAAGUGGUACGUUUUGGGCUUAGGUUUACAGGAAAUAAAUUCAAGGCCAACCGGUUAGCUCACUUGAGGCUACCUGGAGACCCUGGAGCAUUGCGCAAUGUGUUUUAAACAGAAUAAUAGGAGUGGAAAGUUGACUAUAGGGGUGUUAUUUUAUGUUUAGAGGGCUCUAAUAAUGCAAAAAAAAAAAACAUUUAGAAAGUGAAACAGGUUUUCUAUGCUUAGCGGGUAUUUACAAUAAAAAGCAAUAGCCGGAAACGUGACUUGCAUUGCUAUUGAGGCGCUAAUACACCCCUCUAUUCCUGCCGCAAGGUAUGCUGGGUAGCUCGUGGUACUCUCUCCUCUGAUAGCCAAAUGCGGGGUGGCGUCUUACCUGCCCAAAGUGCCUCCGGCCUGGGUGUAGUACUUGUUGUAGUCCAGUCGCAGAAGCAGCUGCGCCAGGUCCGAGUUGAUCUGGUGGUUCCUGACGCUCGACAGGAUUUUGAACAACACCGAGGACUGACGCCUGAAGCCCUGAACGCAAACACAUCGGCGUCAUAACAUGGAAGAGUCGUCACCUCACAAUCAAAACCCACCCGCCCACCCACGCCACCUUGACCAGGAUGUCCAGCUGGGCGGUCCCCCUCUCGUCCAGUAAGGCCACGCUCUGACUCACCAGGGAGCAGAAGCUCUGGCAGAGCUCCAGGAUCUCAUUGAGGCAGUGGAAGACCUGGAGAACGGGGAACGUUGAAGCGGGCUCGGAAUGAUGAAUUUGAUGCAAAGUCGGAUUCCUACCGGCUUGAGGAGGAUGAAGGACUGGGCCAGCAGGUUGCUGAGGAAAUGGUCGUGGGCCAGUCUGAUGCUCUCGAAGUCUCUGGUGGAGUUGAUCUGUUGAAGCAGCUGAGAGAACUGGGACUCCAGAACAUCCACCUGGUAGGGACGGGUGACAGGUAAUCAUGGUUUUUUUUGGUUUAAGUACAUUUUUAUUCCCGUUCUUCUGCUUUCAUAUGAUAUUUUAUACCAGCAAAGCCACAUAGUGAAGAACGAAAGGCCUAGAUGUACACAGGUCAAAUUGUUUAUAUUUCAAUAUUUUUCAAAUAUUUCUACAUUUUCUUUCCCCAAUAUUAUUACUUUAUUCGUAUUAUUAUUUCGUAUGGCCCUGUGUAUUUUAGUUCUUUCUUUUUAUUUUAAUUGGUUUUAUUUUUUACGCUUUUAUUGCUUUGCAUUUUAAUAUUUUAAUAUCAAUUUUACUAUUUUAUUUCUUAUUUGAUCUUUUAGUUUUGGAUUACAUUCAAUUUGUACCUUAAU